UAAUACUCUGAGACACCUCAGUUGCGAUCUGCAUCUAUCUGAGGCAGGACUUUGAACACUUGAGCAUGCGUCCUGCGUCAAGGGUUUGUAGUUUUAGAGCAUUGUGAAACCGGUGUACGGUACUCAACAUAUUGAGAAAAUCGUUUCAGUUUGCCCAAGUGAGAUUCCGCGACUCUCCUAAAAAUAAAAUAUUUUGUCUAUUGAAAGUGUUAAAAUAUCCAGAAUUGUGUUGAGUGUUUUCAAUUGUGACAGAAUUCGUGUGUAGGGAGUUGUGAUAAAUAUCCAAUUCUAAGUACUGGUACUCUCUGAAAAAUAUUUCGAGUAGAAAUAACAAAUUUUAAGUACCGGUAACGUUCAUUGUGUGAGAGUUAUUCGUGGUGACAAAACUGGCAACUCUUUUUGUUGAAGGAUUUUACAUUUGAAUAGCUUAAAUAUAGCUUUAUGGUGAAAAAGAUUAUGGUGAAUGAAAAGAUUUAAAUAUUAUAUUCGGCGACUGUGAUGGAUUUUCUGGAAAACUUCGAGAUGUGCUGAAAAACGUCGGGGCAGUUUUUUCUAGCAGUGUAGAUAGUUUUUAACCAUAAAUUGGUGAUUGCUCCAUACUUCUGGAUAUAACUUUGCACUUCUGAAUAUAAUUCCUGUCAACAGGAGUAAAAAUUAUUGGAUUAUCAUCCCAUCUUAAAUUAUAAAAGAAAAAUGGAGGUCAUAGUUCAUAUGCUUCUAGUCUGUUUGGUGUCAACGGUUUCAAUCUCAGAUGCACGUAAUACCGGAAAACCCCUCUACCACCACAUCAGUGCUCCAGACUAUGUCUCGAAGGACAGAGGAGUGGAAGAAGCGUCCAAUCAAAACCACACUGCCAUUCCCAGUACCGAAGCCAAGAGCGUAACAGCUGAUUUUCCCGGUGGAAUAGCAGCUGAUACGACCACUCUUACUGCUGAAACAUCAGCAAAAACCCAGAGAUGGGUUGACAUCAAAACAUCUGUGAAAAGUCAGAGAUGGGAUGAUAGUAAAACUUCAACUCCAGUACAGAGUCAAAGAUCGGGUGAGACUUCAACUACAGUACAAAGUCAGAGAUCGGUUGAGACUUCAACUACAGUGAAAAAUCAGAGAUUGGCGGAUACUGAAACUUCAAAACCAGUGCUAAGUCAGGGAGCGGUUGAAACUACAAGUUCAAGUGAGAAAUCGACUGAUGCGCAGCUAGGGGUGCGCACACGCUACAAUAUAGACGGAUAUGAGCAUUUAUUUAAUGAUACCAAUUCAACUGAUGGGCAGCAGGAUGAUGGUGUGGAAUUCCAGCAUCAUUCGUUCCAUGGAGAUUCAACAG